AUGGAUAACCUAUUACUAAAUUCUGAAUCUAGAAGGAUGAAAAAAAGUGGGAAGUUAUUUAAAAGAGGCGAAAUCGAUGCAGAUUGUUCAAAUGAAAGCAUGCUUGGAGAUGAUCAGAACCAAAUAAAACUUGAAGAGCUACCUCUAUUCAGUUUUGAGAAGUUGGCAAUUGCAGCAGAUGAUUUUGAUGGGGCCAAUAAGCUCGGGCAGGGUGGUUUUGGUCCAGUGUACAAGAGAAAACGUGCCAACAUUAUUGAAGGGAUUGGUCGAGGACUACUUUACCUUCACAGGGAUUCCAGAUUAAGGAUUAUUUAUAGAGAUUUGAAGGCUAGUAAUGUUCUAUUGGAUGCAGAUCUAAAUCCAAAAAUUUUAGAUUUCGGCAUAGCAAAGAUUUUUGGAGGGAAUCAGGACCAAGCAAACACUAAAAAGGUUGUUGGAACUUACGGCUAUAUGGCCCCUGAAUAUGCAAUAGAAGGGAAAUUCUCUGAAAAAUCUGAUGUGUUUAGCUUCGGAGCAUUGUUGUUAGAGAUUUUAAGUGGGCAAAAGAACACUAGCUUUUAUCAUGAUGAGCACUCUUUAAGCCUUCUGGGAUUUGCAUGGAAGUUGUGGGAUGAAGAUAGGAUUGCAAUGCUAAUAGAUCCAACAAUUUCUGAUCCAUGCUUUCAAGUGGAGAUCUUGAGAUAUAUACAUGUAGGACUUUUGUGCGUGCAAGAUUUCGCCACUGAUAGGCCUACUAUAAAUACUGCUCUUUUCAUGCUUAGUAGUGAAGUUCCAAAACUUCCAACUCCAAAGCAACUUGCAUUUAUUGAAACACGGGGUUUGUCAAAUGUACGGUCUUCUCAACAAAGCCAGAUGAAAUAUUCUGUGAAUGAUUACAGUCUCCACUGGUUCACAGAAUAUGUAGAAAUCUGGUAUGGAGUAUAUAACAAUGUCUCAUUUAGCGGUGUGGUGUGGGUCGCAAACAGAGACAAACCUCUUCAUGAUUCUUCUGGGAGUCUGGCUAUAUCUGAAGACGGUAACCUUGUGGUCAUGGAUGGAAAGAAACAGAUUGUUAAUGUUUACUUCGAUGUUGGAGAGAAGAAUUUGAAAGAUGCACGAUUGGCUCAAAAAAAUGAAUGUGACAUUUAUGACAAGUGUGGUUCGUUUGGAAGCUGUAAUAUGCAUGAUUCACCUGUUUACAAGGAUAUGGAGGAAUGGAGUAGAGCAAACAUUUUCAGUGGUUUUCGAAGUUGA